AUGAAUGCCGCAAGGGACAAUGUUUGGAUGAUGCAAGAUCACCAGUCUCCGCCACAGCCCUCUGUGGAUGAGCCGGGCCCCAAGCGAAACAAACGGCCUCGCGCUGCGCAAGCCUGCGAUCGCUGCAGGUUGAAGAAGUAUAAGUGCGACGAGCAGUAUCCAUGCUCGCAUUGUAAAAAGAGCCAGCUCAAUUGCGUGUACCAGGGAACUUACCGUGAGCGCGAGAGCAACCGAUCUGCAAGCUAUGUCGUCAACCUCGAGAAGAAAGUAGAGGAGUUGACAUCCAAGCUUCGCCUUGCCGAGGCACAGUCAACAACAUCUCCUCAGAGCUCAAUAGUACCGACCACCCAACCAACAUUUCCAGUUCCAGCUGAGACAACCCCAUGCUCACUGCCUCGGAAUGAUUCCACUCCUCAUGACAGCGCCAAACUGGCCGGGGACGUUCAGGAAGACUCUGCCGAGAGUGCAGACAAUGAGAUCAGCGAAUUCAACCACCAUACUAACGGCAUUGAAUUCCACGGCAGCACAUCAUCUGCUGCACUCAUCGGGCACCUCAAGAAAGCCCGUGACACCAAACCGCGCGAGAGGCAGCACCCUCGUGCGGCUGAAUCCUCACUGAUCUCGACGCUCCACAACCCGAGCUUCUCCCCAUCUUGUACCACCGGCCCAAGCCAGACCUUGUCGAUCGAGCAGCAGAAUUACUACUUUGAUCAGGCACAUGUGUUCAUGAAUGGAUACUUUGAGAACAUCCACUUCAUCCACCCGUUUAUUGAUAAAGAGGAAUUUCUUCUUCGGGCCAACGAUCUUUGGUUUAACCGGGCACAUACCCCCGAGCCCAGCUUUGUUGCUUUGUAUUUAAGUGUGCUGUCGUUUGGGGCUCUGGUGCGCGUGUGGGAUGAAAGUACCCUUGCUGGUCUCGGGCGCUUUCGAUGGAGCCGCAAGUUGUUUGGAGAGGCGCAGGUCUAUUUGAACUCUCUACGUUUCUCGAAUGACCUGGAAACAGUACAAUGUCUUUACUUCAUGGCCAAAAUAUGCCAGAACGAACUCAAUCCGAAUUUGGCGUAUAUGUAUCUCGGAUUAGCUGUGCGUACUUGUCUUUCUGCUGGCUUCAACCGGGAUGUUCGACCGAAUGACCAGCGGUCAGGCUGGAUAUCCAAGACUUGGUGGGGUAUCUUUUCUUUAGAAAUAGAGAUGAGCUUCUCAGUCGGGCGACCAGAUACGCUUGGAAUGGACGAAUACCACAACCGUGCCAUCCCCGAGCGAGAUGACUCGGAAUUUGCCAUUAUCCCCUGGAUGAUCGACUUUGCCCAGAUCAUUCGCCGGGUGUCGGUUCAGAUCUACCACUCUCGCAUAACUCUGCAAGAGAAAUUGCAACUUGCCCUGCAAAUCGAAAUGGAGAUGGAUCGCUGGCUAGCACGACUACCGGAGAAGAUCAAGCCAGAUAUUGGCGGGUACAGGCUAUCUCGAAGCGCACUGCGGGAUCCUAAGUGGGCUCGCCGGCAACGACUUGUGCUGGGAAUCCGAUAUUAUAAUGUGAAGAUGCUGCUCUUCAGACCAUUUCUCAGUCACUUCACCCGCAAACUGCGACAUCCUCCCAGUGAGCUGGAAGAAACGAUUACUAAAUGCCUAGACUCGGCGAUGAAAAGCAUUGAAGUGGUCCACGAUAUCUACCGAGUGCAUACAUUCUUCCGAUGCUGGUGGUAUAACACAACCUAUGUCAUGUUCGCCACAUCCACUCUUCUCCUCCCCAUGUCCAAACUCGGCAUGUGCGCCGAGACCAUGACUCUGCUCCGGUCCGUGGAAAUGGCCGUGGAGAUCCUCGAAGCAAUGGAGGAAUCCGUUGUAGCUAGGAAGUCUGUUGAAAUUAUCCGCCAAUACUUGCGAGAAUUCAAAGCCUCGGGUGCACAGCAGCCGACUGCGGGUGACGCUGAGAACAAUGAGGAAUUGCCGUCGUCGGCUGAACCGGGGGCUGCACAGCCUGGGUUUGAUAUUCCGGAAUGGGCCUAUGGCUUUGGGUUUCCGGACUACUCGUUCGAAGGAAUUGCCCGACUAUUUGACGAUAUUGGUGGGCUUCCUAUGCUGGAUCCAUAG